UUAAACUCUGCUGCUUCCUUUUCCUCUUUUGUCAUUCCUUGAGUUGAGAGCAAACUUAAGUGUUUUCAGAACAAGGGUACGGCACAAGAAAAUAACUGAUAUUACUUUGAACCUCAACUACGUGCAUUUAUUUGUUCCUGUUGAACGGGAUCCAAGGAAACGUUGAGGUUAUCGAAUGGAAACUACUUUAACUGAAGCAUGGUGGCUUGCAAAGUCAUCUAUUGAGUAAUUUCUAUGGUCCUCUGACUUUAUUGGUGAGUCUUGCUUGUUUUAUUUCGGAUCCAUUGACUCUGUUGUGCCAGCAUUAUGAGCAUCUAUAUCUCAGCGAUUUGCGGGGUUCUAAUUCAUGCCGUUGGGUUUGAAGUAAAGAAGACAACACCAACUUUUUCUGUAGCAAUGCUAAAGUGACGCCAGCAUUUUAUCUAGAAGUGUCUAGAAGACCUUUCAGUUCUGUAACCAUCUAGUGCCACAUUCAAAGACUCAACAUAAAUUCCAGCGACGCUCACCAUGAGGGUGGAGAGUUUAUUACUGGCAUUGCAAUGCCUGUUGGGAUUUGUACACUACAGCGGAGGAUUGUCAACAUGCAGUUCUUUAGACCUAGAGCUAAUAAAGAGAAAGCGAAUCGAAGCGAUUCGAGGACAGAUUCUCAGCAAGCUACGACUGUCUAAAGAACCAGAAGUAGACGAGGAAGAGGAGUUACAAAACGUCCCAGCAGAGCUCAUCUCAGUAUACAACAGCACCGUGGAGCUAAAUGAGGAGCAGGCGUUGCCUCUUGAACAACCCAGAGAAGAUCCUAUGGAGGAGGAAUACUAUGCUAAAGAGGUUCACAAAUUCACCAUGAAACUGAAACAGGGAACCCCAGACAAGUUAUUGUUCAACAUCACAGAUAUAAGCCACACAUUGGGUUUAAACUGCACAAUCUCCCAGGUGGAGCUCCGUAUGCGCAUCAUGAGUUUUUCAGGUGUUACAGAGCAGAGACUGGAGCUGUAUCAGGGCACUGGGAACAAGUCGCGCUACUUGGAAUCACGCUUUAUUUCUGACCAAAUGGCAAGCAAAUGGCUAACGUUUGAUGUGACAAAGACCAUGAAGGACUGGCUCCAGAGAAAUGAGGCAGAACAGGGAUUUCAAUUGAAGAUGGCAGAUAACUGUGACCCUUCGACUACAUUUCCACUCAAAAUAGCAGGUUUGUUAACUACAAGAGGUGAUACAGAAACCUUAGCAGACCAUAUGCCAAAGCCUCACAUUUUGGUCAUGUCACUUCCUCUUGAUGGCAGCAGCUCAUCAAAAUCUCGCAGAAAACGUCAAACUGAAACUGAUCAAGUUUGUACCGAUAAGUCUGACAGCUGCUGUGUCAGAAGUCUGUACAUUGACUUCCGCAAAGACCUGGGCUGGAAGUGGAUACAUGAACCUUCUGGCUAUUAUGCCAACUAUUGCACUGGCUCUUGCUCUUUCGUCUGGACUUCAGAAAAUAAAUACUCACAGGUUCUUGCGCUGUAUAGGCAUCACAAUCCUGGUGCAUCUGCUCAACCCUGCUGUGUACCUCAGGUUCUAGACCCACUGCCCAUCCUUUACUAUGUGGGCCGGCAACAUAAGGUAGAACAACUGUCAAAUAUGAUUGUGAAGACCUGCAAGUGUUGCUGAAAGACAUCUCUAUUUGGUUCUUGUGAGCAAAAUCAAGAGAGGAACAUUUUGAAGCAGGAGUAACCCAGUAUUUUUUUAGGAGGAUUUUAUUCCUGUUUUUUUGGUCCUUUUCAUUUUACUUGACUCCGCUGUAUCACACUUAGAUGUACUGAUACUGUUGUACAUCUAUGUUGAUGAUACAUGUGCUGUACAUGUUGUCAUAAAAGUGGCAAUACUCAUUGUUUGAUUUAGAGGUAUUAACUAUUAUUUAACAGAAAAUCAAAUUGUGACUUAAAAUUUUCAUCACAGUUCGAUGUAGAUUAUUCUGAAUAAAAGUUAGCAUUUAAAAACUAUUGGACACAUGUUUACUGUAUUAAGUGGAAUAUAUAUCUCCAUUCUGUGCAGACUGUUUAUAUCUGUACUUGCAUUGCUAACUUAAUUAUGCUGUUGAC